AUGCAAUAUCAAAAGAUUGGACAUACUGAUAUUGAAAUAUCUCGUGUAAUUCUUGGUUGUGGAUGUUUUGGUGGUAUUGGUUCGGCUCCAUCAUUAUUUAAUCAAGGAGAAAAUGAAGAACAAGCACAUGAAAUUCUUGAUGCUGCUGUACAUCUUGGUAUAACAACAUUUGAUACGGCUGAUGCUUAUGGAGGCGGUAGAAGUGAAUUAUAUAUAGGAAAUUGGUUAAAAAAAUGUGAUGAAAAAGUUAGAAAUAAUAUAGUGUUGAGUUCAAAAACCUAUAAUCCAAUUUUUGUUGGCGAUAGUAAGGGAUUAUCAAAAGAAAGAAUAUCAGAGAAAAUUGAUGGCACACUACAGCGUCUUGGAACAAAACAGUUGGAUAUGUAUCUUUCGCAUGAAAUGGAUGAAGAAACACCAUUAGAAGAAACACUUAGUUGUUUUAAUGAAUUACAAAAAUGUGGAAAAAUACGUGCAUUUGGUGCAUCAAAUAUUACUUGUGAAGAAUUAGAAAAAAGCAUAUCUAUUUGUAAUAAUCUUGGUUUAAAUAGAUAUGAAUGGGUACAAAAUCCAACGUCAUUAUUAAAUUAUCGAGAAGUUGAAAAAAUGUUACAAAUAUGCUCAAGAUAUGGUCUAGGCUUUACUCCUUAUAGUCCAUUAGCUGGCGGAUGGUUAACAGGAAAAUAUCAAAAAGGUCUCAAUUAUGAACUUGGUUCUCGAAUGACAUUACGACCUGAACCAUAUGAAAUUUAUGUUAAACAUCAAGAUAGUAUAUAUGAUGGGUUAAAUUCAAUGAGAAAAAUUAGUAAAGAACGAUUUGGUAAUAUAAGUAUUGCCGGUUUAAGUUUAGCUUGGUUACUUAGUGAUUCUCGAAUAACAGGAAUAAUUAUUGGACCUCGCAAACCAGAGCACUUGGAACCUAUACGUGAAGCAUUAAAUACGCGUCUUAAUGAAACUGAUCGAAUCGACUUAGCUAAUUUAUUUCCAGUAUUGUAA